UGUGUUAUGGUUAUAAUUUUCAGAGCAUAUAAUAAUCUAGCAACUGUUCAUAUUUAUCUCUGUGAAUGGAUUUAAAUUGUAAUUUAUAUUUGAUUAUACUUUGUUACAAUUAGUUAACUUUAUUUACAGAUAUGUCAAUCAAUAAUUCAUCACUUACUAUUGAAACUGUGAAAAACUGCAACAUAGAAUGUCUACAGUCUCUAUUGGACAACGGAAAAGAAAACAUAGAUGUGGUCGAUAACUAUAUGCGCACCCCUCUACACUGGGCUGUGUGCAGAAAUUUUGAACAAGGUGUGGCUCUGCUGUUGGAAAGAGGUGCCAAAGUUAAUGUGCGUGAUUGGAGACAGCACACACCCUUGCACUUGAGUUGCUGUGUUAGAAGUAAAAAUAUGAUCAGUGCUCUUCUAGAAAAAGGAGCGGAGAUAAAUUGUGUGGAUGAGUGUAGGAGAUCUCCUCUUAUUGUGGCAGCAAUCAUAACAUUCAAGGAAGGUAUUGCAUUAAUGCUUACUAGAGGAGCUGAUGUGAAUACCCAAGACAUGGCAGGAUGUUCACCUCUACACUAUGCUACUAUAAGUAGGCACCUGCAUACAGUAAAGAUGCUGUUAAAUAAUGGAGCCAAAUUGAACCUUAAGAACAACAAUGGUUACACCGCUUUGCACAUAGCUGCCAAGUUGUCUCAGAGGUGUAUUGUAAGACUGUUGUUACUGUACGGUGCUGAGGUGAAUGCUCAGGAUCACAGUGGCAGCACACCUUUACAUCUGAUUGUCCAUGGACUGGACGACAGUCAGAACGAUGUUGUGGAAGAUUUACUUGACUGGGGGGCAUCGCUGAUUAUUACAGAUGAGGAUGGAAAUACACCUUUGUCCAUAGUGGCUAAGAAGUGGGUUCCUGGGGAUGGUUUGAUUAAACACCUUAUUAAAUUGCAAUGUGUUAAUUUACAACUCGCUUACAAGGCAAGUUAUACAUGCUCUAACUAUUCUCUAGAGGGAUACAAAACAUUGUGCUCCAAAGAAUUGACAAAGUUGAAAAUAACCAGAUUUUGCAAUCAAUCCGUACUUGAUGUGUUUUCCAAAUAUGAAGACCCUACAUUUUUAUCAAAUGUUGAAAUGCGUGAAGCUAUAUACUCGUCAGAGUUUGAAACAGAGUUCCCGUUAUACACUGUGCUUUUGAGAGCAAUGUUCAGACAUGCUGAGAAACGUGUUUCUUUGAUGAAUGCUGCUCAGGGUGUUCUUAUCCACGUGAUCGAUGCACACCUCCCCUAUGAGAUUUCCAGAAAAAUUAUCUCCUACUUGUCUAAUGACGACAUUGUGAACAUAAUAACUGCUGAGAAUUGCGUUUGCCUGAUCAGGCAACCUCUGGGGAACCCGAGGGCCAUGAGCCACCUGGUGGCCCAGUGCAAUGAGCGGUUUGAAGAUUCAAACCAUAGAUAUAUGGCAAUCAAGAGUUCAUCACUGAUUGAAGCUGUGAAAAACUGCAGUAUCCAAGAACUGCAGUGUCUGCUGGAUAAAGAAAAAGAAGACAUUAAUGUGGGCGAUGAGUUUAAGCGAACCCCCCUACACUUCGCUGUGUUGGGAAGUUUUGAACAAGGUGUGACCUUACUACUAGAAAGAGGUGCCCAAGUGAAUGCGUGUGAUGCGAUACAGCAGACACCCUUCCACUGGAGCUGCUUGGUCAAAAGUCAAAAUAUGAUCAAUGCUCUUCUAGAUAAAGGAGCAGAGAUCAAUCGGUCGGAUAUAGAUGGGAACACUCCCAUUAAUAUGGCAGUGAACAUAAAUUUCAAAGAAGGUGUUGAACUGCUGCUCGCUAAAGGAGCGGAUGUGAACACCCAAGACAUGGAAGGAGAUACACCUCUUCACUGUGCCACUAAACAAGGGAACCUGCCGAUGGUAGAGAUGCUGUUAAAUAAUGGAGCCAAUUUAAAGCUCAAGAACAACAACGGUGAAACGGCUUUGCACGUAGCUGCCUGGACAUGUAAAAGGACUCUUAUAAGGUUGUUGUUAUUGUACGGUGCUGAGGUGAAUGCCCAGGAUCACAAUGGCAGCACACUUUUACAUCUGAUCUUCGAGAGACUGCCCUUCAGUGAGAGUGGUGUUGUGGAGGAUUUACUCGAUUGGGGAGCCUCUCUGAUUAUCACAGAUAAGGCUGGAAAGACACCUUUGACCUUAGCGUCCGAUCCGUCGGAUCGUUUUAAUGGUUGCAGUAAAUACGUUCUUUCAUUUUUCAGAGCUUUGACCAUAGACACCAAAGUAUCAUUUCAUGCACAUAUUUUAAUUAGACAUUUUAUUAAAUUGCAGUGUGUUAAUUUACGACUCGCUUAUAAGUCAAGUUACAUGACUAUCUACUCUCUAGAGGGAUACAAAACAUUAUGUGCCAAAGAAUUGGCAAGAUUGAAAACAACCAGAUUUGGCAAUCAAUCCGUACUUAAUGUGUUUUCCACAUAUGAAGACCCUACAUUUUUAUCAAAUGUUGAAAUGCGUGAAGGUAUAUACUCAUCUGAGUUUGAAACAGAGUUCCCAUUAUACACUUUGCUUUUGAGAGCAAUGUUUCAGACAUGUCUAGGCGGUUCUUUAGUAGUCCAGGGGAGAUCUCCUCUUAUUGUGGCAGCAAUCAUAACAUUCAAGGAAGGUAUUGCAUUAAUGCUUACUAGAGGAGCUGAUGUGAAUACCCAAGACAUGGCAGGAUGUUCACCUCUACACUAUGCUACUAUAAGUAGGUACCUGCAUAUAGUAGAGAUGCUGUUAAAUAAUGGAGCUAAAUUGAACCUUAAGAACAACAAUGGUUACACCGCUUUGCACAUAGCUGCCAAGUCGUCUCAUAGGUGUAUUGUAAGACUGUUGUUACUGUACGGUGCUGAGGUGAAUGCUCAGGAUCACAGUGGCAGCACACCUUUACAUCUGAUUGUCCAUGGACUGGACGACAGUCAGAACGAUGUUGUGGAGGAUUUACUCGACUGGGGGGCAUCGCUGAUUAUUACAGAUGAGGAUGGAAAUACACCUUUGUCCAUAGCGGCUAAGAAGUGGGUUCCUGGGGAUGGUUUGAUUAAACACCUUAUUAAAUUGCAAUGUGUUAAUUUACAACUCGCUUACAAGGCAAGUUAUACAUGCUCUAACUAUUCUCUAGAGGGAUACAAAACAUUGUGCUCCGAAGAAUUGACAAAGUUGAAAAUAACCAGAUUUGGCAUUCAAUCCGUACUUGAUGUGUUUUCCAAAUAUGAAGACCCUACAUUUUUAUCAAAUGUUGAAAUGUGUGAAGCUAUAUACUCGUCUGAGUUUGAAACAGAGUUCCCGUUAUACACUGUCCUUUUGAGAGCAAUGUUCAGACAUGCUGAGAAACGCGUUGCUUUGUUGAAUGCUGCUCAGGGUGUUCUUAUCCACGUGAUUGAUGCACACGUACCCUAUGAGAUUUCCAGAAAAAUUAUCUCCUACUUGUCUAAUGACGACAUUGUGAACAAAAUAACUGCUGAGAAUUGCGUAGCAGGAGUAUCCAUCAAGUUGAGUGGCAAAGAAAUUCUAUACAUUCUAGGAGUAUAUCACCCUCCUAUAAAACGCCAAGAAACUAUCGUUCGAGCACUUGAGCUCCUGUCAGAUAUACUGGGCUCAUUUCCAUCUUCAGACAAGGGCAAGGUACUUCUAAUAGGUGACAUCAAUAUCGACAACUUGCAGCCAUUGCCUGAAAGAACCCUUUUCAACGACCUUAUGGCUUCACACAGCCUGACGAGGCUUCAACUCCCAGCAACUAGGAUUACUGCAUCUUCACAAACAUCUAUUGAUGCCAUAUGUACAAACGUCAGUACAAAUCUUAUUAAUGUUGAUAUAAUGCAUACGGCGAUCUCAGACCACACUUGUCAGCUUUGUCACCUCACUUUCCCAGCAAGACAACGAAUAACAGAAUCUUCUCUUCGUCGUCACCUCAAUGCAGGAAAUUUGCACAACCUAAAACAAAAUCUUGCAGCUGAGAACUGGAUUGGAGUUUUUGGUUCAGACAAUGUAGAUGGCGCAUAUGAGUCUCUCAUUCACACUCUAACUUUUAAUCUAGAUAUAUACUGCCCCCUGAAGAAGUCUAGACAAAACCGCAACUACAAAAUAUCUGCAUGCUACGACGAAGAAGCAAAGCUAUUGAAAGAGGAAUUUUUGGAGGCUCAAAGGAAGUACAUCCUGAAUAACUCAGACAAUGAUAAACAGACUGCUGUUCGACUAAAAAAAGCCUACGACUUAAAACUUAGGUCUCUAAGAAAAGAAAAUAGCGCAUCUGUCAUUAGCCGAUCUAUGAAUAAAAGCAAAGCUGUUUGGAAAAUAAUCAAUGGUGAGAGGAAAUCGUCCAAAGAGUCUUCUGUAAAUGCCAUAAACCUUGAAGUAAAUGGAAGAGUGGUAAAUAAUGCUACAGACAUAGCUAAUCACUUCAACAGAUACUUUACAACAAUAGCAGAUGAAACAAUUAGAGUAAAUAAUAGCAGCCCUUCUUAUAACCAAGCUGAAACUACUCACACAAUCCCUGUGGAACAAACUAUACAUAUCCUGAAACCCGUAUCAAUUGAAGAGCUUGCAAUUACAAUAGAUUCAUUGAAGCCUAAAUCUUCAACGGGAGUGGAUGGAAUCUCAGUUAAAAUACUGAAAGCAGCCAAACAUGAACUUCUACCACCCUUGCUUCAUGUCAUCCAGCUGUCGUUGGCCCAGGGUGUGUUUCCACAAAAACUAAAAACCGCCAAAGUUUUUCCUCUUCUCAAAGAAGGCAGUAAAGAUGAAAUAGGGAAUUACAGGCCCAUCUCAUUAAUCCCCACUAUCUCUAAGAUCCUCGAGAGGAUUGUUCUAUCUAGAAUCCUUGAACACCUAAAUAUCAACAAUCUUCUCACUGAUAGACAACAUGGUUUUGUAAAGGUUAGGUCCACUCUCACAGCCUUGGUGGAUUUGUUUGAAUUUAUUGUGGAUGGCAUAGAAAAUGGAGAUAGUGUUGUGGGCAUUUUUGUUGACAUGAGCAAGGCCUUUGAUUGUUUAAGCCAUGACAUGAUUGUGACAAAAUUACACCAUCUUGGUAUCCGAGAUACGGCACUGUGUUGGUCUCGAUCUUAUCUUUCUAACAGAAACCAAGUGGUUGAAAUAGCUCAAUCCAUCAAAGGCAUCAGAUCCACAUCCAGAUCAGACUCUCGGCCCAUGAGUGAGAUGGAAGCUGCAAGUCUGGUGAUAAACAUCACAUCAAGGGUAGGAGAUGAAGCUCUCUUCUUUCUACUGUGGAUUUUCUUACCAUUCUCAGUCCUGCUGCUGACUGCCAUGGUGGUCUACAAGCUCAAGCAACCCCACAACAAUUCUGAUGUGUCGUUACGAACACAUGUGUACGAAGUUCAUCGAAUUGCUGGGGAAGUGUCUGCUUCAAUGGACAGUGUCAAGCAAUGUAUCCUGUUGCUAAAUCAGUUCCCCUCCUUGGUCAACCAUCCCAUGCCUCCUUACUGCUUCACUCCUUUCCUGAGGGCGUGCUGGAGUGGCAACACACCAUUAGUUAGAUACAUGCUGAAAAAUGGAGCGGACUUGCAUUCGUGUACUAUUAUUAGUAGAGAAACUCCUAUUUUACUGGCAGCGUACCGAGUUAUCAAGAACAAAGUAUGGGACCCAAGUGUUCUGAAUCUCCUCCAUGAAGCAGGUUGUGAUCUGAGUGAGCCAAACAAGAAAGGUAGCACCGCACUACACCUGGCCGCACGUGAAGGUCACACCUCACUCACCUACUGGCUGCUGGUACGCGGUGCACACCUCACCUUACGCUGUUCCUCCAAGCAGAAGACUCCUUACCAAGUUGCUAUGACCCAUGAGGACUUGAAACAUAGAAGUGUAGCAGCCAUUCUCCACACAUUCUCUCCCGAGAUGGUUUGCCAGCAUCCAGACCCACCCAAACAGCACCACGGUGACCGGGCCGAAAAGAAAAGACAGUGA